AUGAAGGAUGAUGGCAAAAAAGGAUAUGCGCACUUUGAAAGUUUCCACAAUAAAGAUGGUGAUGAUUACGGGUAUGAGAAGCACGAAGCUUUUGGCUAUACAGACCACAAGGAUUCCAACAGUAAUGCCGAUGAUGUAAAAGAUGAAUUAAAUGAAGAAACCAAGGUAGAAGAGAAUAAAAGCACGAUUGAGUUGAAUGAUGCAUUGAAAGUUGAAGAGACAAGCAAAGAUGCCAUCAGUGACAAUGUGGAAAAUGCAGAAAGUGAUUUGAAGGAAAAACCAAUUGUUGUGGCUGAAGAAGAAAAUCAAGUUGAGAACUAUCAAGAUGCUGAAGAUGAAGAGAGUAGUGAUGAUCACAAUCCUGAUAGUCAAGAUCACCAACCGGCCGUGGAAGAUGUAAAAAAUGAAGAUUUGACAGAUAAUCAUCACAAUGAAGAGCAUCAGGAUCAUGAAGAGAUUAAAACUGAAUCAAAUAGUGAUGUGCAAGAGCCCCAAGAAGAUGACAAGCAGGAAGAAUACGAUGAAGGUGUGAAGGAAGACUACACAAAGAUCAAUCGUUCGGAUGAUGAUGUUGAUGAAGAAAAUCCCGAAGAUAUAGCCGAUGAAAGUGACGAUCAUCAAGCAGUUAAAGAAGAGCAACAAAAUGAUGAUGCUGAAGAACAUCCUGAUGAAUCUACGGACUAUGAGGAUGACUAUGAUAAUAACACUGAUGAUGAUUAUGUAGAAGAAAAGAAGAAGAAGCUACCACGGAAUGUAGAACAUGAAGAUGAAGAUGAGGAUGUAGGUGAUAAACCAAAAGACAUCUAUUCCAAUCAUAGAUACGAAGUUACGGAAAAUGCAGAAAUUGUCGAAGGAGACCAAACGCAGAAAGUCAACUAUGGGUUCUACAGCCCCUUCACAGGCCUGCCAGCACCCCAGCCAACACGUUCUCUAGCACCAACUUUUUCCCCACGCUUAGCCUCACUGAUGAAACCCCGGAAGAAUGUGGGAUCCUUUGGGUAUGAAACAAUGAUCUACCAUCAUCCAGGGAAUAACCCUGAGAGACAGGCCAUUCAGAUAAAAAUCUAUGAUGGCGAAAUAAGUGUCCCAGCCACGAAUGUUAAGCCCCAAGAGGAGGAGAAAGUGAAGAAUGUCGAGGAAUACGAUGAAGAUGAUGAAGAAGAAGAUGACGAUGAAUCCGGAGAAGUUGAGGAGAAACAAAAUUUAAGGCAAACGGAGGAUGAUUCUGAGGAAGACAACAGCACAUCAUCAGAGGAGAGUGAGGAGAAGAAGCCAUCCUCCAGCUAUAGGGAAUACAAGUCAAGGAGUUCCGAAGAUGAAGGAGGAAAUGAAUCCGCGGAAGAGGAAGACUCAGAUGACUUACAAAGCAGAUUAGUGACUACAAGUGAUGUUGAUAAUGAUGCUUAUUACUGGCUGUAG